AGGUUGCAGAGCUGAUCCAGGAGGAUAUUAUUAUGACAUCCAGCAUCAACGACGCCAGUUCAGAGGACCAACGCUCUGAGGAUGUUCAGAUUGUAGCAACCGUCAUUGAGGAGUCAGUGCAGAUCGAGGAGUCAGUGCAGGUCGAGGAGUCAGUGCAGGUCGAGGAGUCAAUGCAGGUCGAGGAGUCAGUUCAGAUCAAGGAGCGCCAGCUGUCAGCGAUCCCGCCCAGUGAGGAGACGGCAUCUGGUACCAAGGAUCAAGAGGUCAUUGAGUCACAGGAAAUGGAGGUCGAGUCCCAGAACGAUACCAUUAUCUCCGCCAACACUCAGCUCGAGAUCGAGUCCUUCAACGCCACUCCUGCUCUGGAAAUACUUUUGCCGUCCACACCGGCGAUUGUCGAGGAAGAAUUCCCGGGCCAGAGAGAGGCUGCAGUAAGGAUCGAGAAGGCGUUGGCGAUCGCGGAGGCGACUUCGCCUUACAAGAACGUCAGGGCAUCCAAGAUCCCGGUACCUGCAUCGUUUUCAUCUUCGUCUUCUUUGGCGCAGUCCUCAUCUCAUUUAAAUGCAGCGGCAACAGCACCGGAAGGACACGGUCCGAGUGGAGCACCAGCGUCAAGGACACACCAGCAUGUAUUUAAUACCAAUGCCGCAGUCUUUACGCCCUCAUGGCUGCCCCAACCCUCUUCAUCAGGAUCAGCAAGACCUUCGAAGGCAGUUGAUCUGGAUCCUGAGGAGACAUCCUCGCCGAAUAUGCAUGAUCAAAAGCAAAAGAUGAAGAGUCGCUGCCGAUUCUGGCCCAACUGCACGAACAAGGCCUGCAAGUUCACCCAUCCGACUAUGCCUUGCCGUGACCCCGAGAACUGUGCGUUUGGGGACCGAUGCAAUUUCAUCCAUCCCAAGGACCUCAACCGGCGACCGGCGCGCACCACCAACAGGAACGGCAAUCCGCAGACCUCUCCAGAGAUGCGUGGCCAUAAGAACGUCGUAGCGUCAAGCUCCAUCGCCCAGAACCAUUCAUAACUUCUGCUUUUAUCGAUCAUGACAAUCGCGGGGUCAGCCGUUGACAAUAACAGAGCACUAAUAAAGAAAUAAUUUUAUUUGUUCCAUGCAUUUUAUUGUUCCAUGCAACG